CAACAGACUCAGACUGAGUUGAGAGAAGUUGAGUUAGGCCCAGAAGAUUCAACCCUACCAGUCUACCACUAAACUAAGAGAGGUCUGACAGCAUUAUUUCCCUUCUCAGCACUUCGAGCUUUGUUUCCUAGUCACUCGCCCUCUGCGCAAUCACCGAUCAAAGCUGAAGAUGGGAAGCCUUGGAAAAGCAAUAUACACCGUCGGAUUCUGGAUUCGGGAGACCGGUCAGGCUCUCGAUCGCCUUGGCUGCCGCCUACAAGGCAACUAUUUUUUCCAGGAGCAACUUUCUAGGCAUCGGACUCUGAUGAACUUAUUUGAUAAAUCUCCUCUGGUGGACAAGGAUGCAUUCGUAGCCCCUAGCGCAUCUGUCAUUGGCGAUGUUCAGGUGGGAAGAGGAUCUUCUAUUUGGUAUGGAUGUGUUUUAAGGGGGGAUGUCAACAGCAUUAGUGUUGGAUCUGGAACUAAUAUACAAGACAACUCCCUUGUGCAUGUUGCAAAAUCUAAUCUAAGUGGGAAAGUGCUACCAACUAACAUUGGAAACAAUGUUACUGUAGGUCAUAGUGCUGUUUUACAUGGCUGUACCGUUGAGGAUGAAGCAUUUGUUGGCAUGGGAGCCACACUUCUUGAUGGUGUAGUUGUGGAAAAACAUGCUAUGGUUGCUGCUGGAGCCCUUGUGAGACAGAAUACAAGGAUCCCUGCUGGGGAGGUGUGGGGAGGCAAUCCAGCUAAAUUCCUGAGGAAGCUAACUGAAGAAGAGAUAUCGUUUAUUUCCCAGUCAGCCACCAAUUAUACCAACCUUGCACAGGUACAUGCUGCUGAGAAUGCAAAACCCUUUGAUGAAAUUGAAUUUGAGAAAGUUCUUCGCAAGAAGUUUGCGAAGAGGGAUGAAGAGUAUGACUCAAUGCUGGGCGUUGUCCGUGAAACUCCACCAGAACUAAUUCUUCCAGACAAUGUCCUACCAGAUAAAGAGCAAAAGUCCUCUCAAAAAUGAUCUUUUUUUUAUUUAUUAGUUGCUUUUUUAUUUGCUCCAAAAGUCUUGAGAUUUGGCAUCAAGAAAAAUUUGUUGUUAUGUUCAAGUACAUGGCAGAGGGAUGAUUUUUCUUUUCCAAAUAAUACCGGACAUGUUUUAGGAUAGAACCAUGGCAUCUUUUUAGCUAUAAAACUCUACUGUUUGUAUGGUUACUGAGAGUCGCAGUUCAUGACCGGAGAGAUGUAAGUUGAUGUCUAAUGUUCCAUGUACCUAAGAUGCUUGUUUUCUACUUAUAAUUGCCCUUCUCCUCGUGUAUCAGUAUAAAGCAGGCGACUGGCUUUGCUGUGCUUAGACGUAGUACUUCUCUUUGUGGUCAAAGGCCUAGUACUUCUUGUAAUAGUAAUAAACAAUGCUGAAUAUUAGGUUGCUCUUUUAAAGCAAGGGAUUGUGCAUGCGUUAGUUAAUGAAUAAAUGACAAUUUAUUGCAUAA